UGCAAAUGCAAAAAAAGUUCUGCCAUUGCUAUGCUUCUGCUGGCGUUUAGCGGUUCUUCGGCGGGCCAGAAAUGGAAUACGUAGUAGGCUGAACGAAGGGGACACAACACCCAGAAGGAAGGGCGACCCGUUGAGCCUGACGACAACGGCACAGGCGGGCCAUUCAGAAGAGUCGGGGGUCAAAGGUGAGAAGAGCAGAGGGCACCAUAAUGAGCGAGCCAGGGCCCCCCACCACACCCGCACCCGCCGUCAGCAUCUCCACCUCCACGGUUGGCAGCUCUGCGACCAGCACCACCAGCACUUCCUCCAGCUCCACUACAGUCGCCAGCAGUAAUACGAUGUCACCUGCCACUACUACUACUGCUUCUGCUAGCAGUACUAAUACCACCACAACCACCAGUAGCAGCAGUAGUAGUACCAGUAGCACCACUAGUAGUAGUACUGUUAGUACUACUGCAGCAAGACAAGCAGUCCCUCAGAUUUCAGUUUACGGCGGGAUACCCGACAGGCAAACUGUGCAGGUGAUCCAACAAGCGCUCCACAGGCAACCCAACACGGCGGCGCAGUACCUUCAACAGAUGUACGCGGCCCAGCAACAGCAUCUCAUGUUACAGACUGCCGCUCUCCAGCAGCAGCACAGCCUCAGCACCGCACAGCUACAGAGCCUUGCUGCCGUGCAGCAGGCCAGUAUUGCAGCUGGUCGCCAAAACUCCACCCAAAACAGCACAACAUCUCAGCAAACGGGGUCAACUCAGACUACGAUCAACCUGACGGCCUCACCGGCAGCUGCACAGCUGAUCAGCCGUGCCCAGAGCAUCACAUCGGCUCCAGCCAGUAUUUCUCAACAGGCUGUUCUACUAGGCAGCCCGUCGAGCCCUACACUCACCGCCAGCCAAGCACAGAUGUACCUGCGUGCGCAGAUGGCCCAGCAGAGCAACGUUUUCCAGGCACAGCAGAGCAAUCUGGUGCAAGUGGCGCGGAGUUUGGGCCGAGCCGUGCCGCUUUCGCCCCAGCUGAUCUUCACGCCGACGGCAACUGUGACUGCGAUGCAGUCCGACAGCUCUGCGCAGAAUCAGGUCCAAAAUUUGGCCAUACGCGGUCCGCAAGGAGCGACCACGUCCUCCUCCCAGACCCAGACACUGCAGGCUCUCAGUCUGAAGCAGACCCCAGUGCCCAUACAGCCGGCCUCACUCGUCAAGAACACCGGACAGGCAGGACAAACAUCAGCCGGAGUCAAGUCCAGCACUUCUGAGAGUCCUUCUGAGGCAGGAAAGAAGGGGGAUGGUGCUGUGGUCACAGAAGCCCGCGCUAUUAACAUGAGCCGCAAUGUCACAACAGUUAGUGCGCAGCCUCUCAUUGCUCCUGCUUACACACAGAUUCAGCCUCACUCGCUGGUCCAGCAACAUAAGCAGCAGCAGCAGUUUGUGGUCCAUCACAGCCAAAGUUCCCAGAGGACCCCCGGUCAGCUGCUGCAGACGGCGUCCAUCCAACCAUCACCUCACCCUGUCCCCGUGCUGCCCAAGCCGGCGCCGCACUCGCCCGCCGGUCCCGGCCAACAUGCCACCAUAUUCCACUCCACCAUCAGCCCCCACAUGCUUCAGCCCUCUGCUUCAUCGUCUUCUCCGACACUCUCGAGUCAUGCUAAAUCUCAGCCUGUGCAGCUCACAGCCAUUAACCUACAAAUACAUCCCACGGCCUCCCGAACUCUGGUUCAGGAGUGUAAAGACAAGCCGACUUCACUAGUAGUGCGAGAGACGUGUGCAGCAUCCACCAUGCAGCAACAGCAACAAAAGCCACCUCCACCAGCACCAACACCACUACCACCGCAGCAGCAGCAGCAGCAGCAAUGUACGCCAUCGCAAACUAAGAAGUCUGUUGAGCAGCCCAAAGACGACCCUGCGCCACAAGGGACUGGUACUGCUAAGAGGCCGGCACCCACACCGGAAUCACCACCCCCGACUAUGACCCCAGAGAAUGACAGUGAGGCGCCAGUCAUGACUGCCGUCGCAACGCAUAAUGGCGAGAAUAAGCCGCCUCAGGCCAUCGUAAAGCCGCAGGUUCUCACGCACGUCAUCGAGGGCUUCGUCAUCCAGGAGGGUGCUGAGCCCUUCCCAGUGUGUGUGGAGCGUCUCCCCAUCCUCAUCAAUAGCCCCAAGAAACUGGACAGUCAGCUCUCCUCCGACCCGGACAAAACUCCGGUUAGCAAUGCAGCAAACUCAGACUCCGAACCCGAAGAUUUGAACCAGACAGAAAAGGAUCAAGAGCCCAAGCUGACUUGUGAAUAUUGCGGCUGGGUGGAUUUUGCCUACACGUUCAAGGGCUCUAAGCGUUUUUGCUCGAUGGUUUGUGCUAAGAGGUACAAUGUGGGCUGCACAAAGCGCAUCGGACUGUUCCGUCCAGAGAAAACCAAACCAGCAAGUCGCUGGCGUAGACGAAGUCAAGGCCGUUCAAGUACCGAAGCUAAAAAGCGGAAAAUGUCCUCGUCGCCGCAGCAAACUCAAUGCGGCUCUGUGUCCUCACCGCACGCAUCGCAGCCCAGCCAGGAGGAGUCCAGUCCUUGUUCGGAAAUGUCCAGUUACGAGGAGCCACCGUCACCACUAUCGGCAGCUAGUUCGGGACCCCCGGAACCGCCCGCACCGGCUCCGGUCCCCAUCCAGCGACAGCCGAGUAGGGCGUCAUCGGAGCCGGAAGCCCUCGCUGGCAGGGACUCUACGGCUGCUUUAUGUCAGCCGUUCGUCCCCAACGAUCCCACUAAAUGGAAUGUGGAGGAAGUUUACGAGUUUAUUUGUUCAUUGCCAGGCUGUCAGGAGAUCGCCGACGAAUUCAGGUCCCAAGAGAUCGACGGCCAAGCAUUGCUCCUGUUGAAGGAGGACCACCUGAUGAGCACCAUGAACAUCAAACUAGGGCCCGCGCUUAAGAUCUUUGCACGUAUCAACAUGCUCAAAGACUCGUAGCGACGCCUGGGCAUCUCUGCACUGUGACCUGACUGUCUCAUCUUCGUGGACUGCCAUGGUGGCGUCAGCAGCUAGACGAAGAACAUGCUUUGGUCCUCAUAUUUGCUUCCGUACAGAGAACCGACUGAGAUUAAGUGUCUUUAAGUGUUAAUCAGGAGAAAGGGCAUCCUAAUAAACUAGAAUAUUCUAGAAAAUUUUAUUCGUAUAACUAACUAAAGUCAGAAAGGGAUAAUGGUUUUCAUUAAACAUACAAAAAUCUUUUUAAAAAGUCAGUUCCUGCUUUAUUUUUAUAUUUUAAAUAAUUUUGGUUGUUGUUAUUUGGGAUUGUAAAUUGUGGGUUUUCAUUUGAUAGAAUGAAACUAAAUCAUGACAAGUUUUUUUGGGGUGGGUGGGGGUAAACUGGUUUUCUAUGAUAUUCUUAUUAAUUGCGAUGCACCUAGAAAUGAGGUUUACAUAAGACUAGAAAUGAAAGUCUCAGAGUCAGAUUAGCACUGCCAUGAAGUGUUUUUUUUUUUUUUUUUUUUUUUUUUGGUUUUCUAUUGACAUGUUUGUAUUUUUCCCCAGCCUGAGAAAGGGCAAAAUAAGCCGUUUUGUGUGUGGGAACAGAAGAUUGUAUGAAGUGUUCCCGAAUUGUUCUGUCGUUUUGUAUCACUAACUUGGCACUUAAAGUAUUUUUUUGUGUUGCCAUCUUCACCUUAACGUGAAAUGUGAAGUGAUCGCAUUGCGUGUAAAUAGCAGCCAGACUGACUGAAACGAUGCGGUUAACUUAUCCUUGUUAUUUGAAUACAGAAAUGUUUAAUAUUUUUUGAAAUAUGCAAAUGUAUAAAAAAAAAAAAAUCAUUUUUUUCUAUUUGUUUUUUGUAAAUUAUGCCAUCUGUGUGUGUAUUGACUUGGUAAAUGCUUGUGUUAACAGCACUGUUUGGUACGCAGCGUUUUGCAGUUAUAAAUAACUCCAACACCACUUUGCUUUAGCACCACUUUGCUUUAGCGUCGAUGAACUGUUUGACAAACCUCCAGAAACCAUGCCUUCAAAAACACUGCUGCUGAAAUAUUCGUUCAUGAUGAGGUAAAAGGCCUUUCAUUAUUAUCCAACCAAUUUGCAGUUUAUUUUCUCUCUCCAGUAAGGAAAGCAGCUAUUGGCUGUCCCCCCCCCCCCCAACAAAUUGUUGGAUGACGUCAUCACCUAAUUAUCAUUGCCAAUUUGCAUGUAAUUUUAAUGGACGCUGUAGGAGAGGAAAAACGUGGGAGAAGCAAAAAACCAUACGAGAGCAGGUUGCCACGGUGACACAUGAGACGGCAGAAUGUCGGCGGGGUGGCAAUGGACGGACGGUGGGAUGAAAGCGACUGACUGAUGACGUUCAAACCGAGGCGAUGGAUGGACGGAACGGCAUGGGAGACGCCACACGCACGCACAGAAACAGUUUCCCUUCCCAUGACAUGAUCAUCCAGCCUGGGUGAAGAUGGGGUGCCACUUUUAAGUGACAUCGACACACAAACACCCUUUUCACAGUUUGAAAGAUAAAAGGUAAGCAGAGCGUAUGACAAUCAAGAUGGCUCGGAUGGAACGGGAGCAUGCGAAGUGUAUGUGGAAGAAGCUGCAGUGCAUUAAAAGUGAGCUUCACUCUAGCUGGGAGGACUGUGCAAUGAGAUCAUCUAAUUGUUAAUGGCGGGGGAAAAGUUAAUGGCUUUUGAUAGCCAUUUGUCUUGCCAACGAUAGCGGCCGAUGCGCCACCUUGGGAGGAGUAGGAGGUGUCGGGGAGGUCAUCGUAAAUCUUGCAAGGGUCGUGCAUUGGGCAAAGGUGAGGAGGAGCAGGGGUGGACAAAAUAUGGCCUGCUCGCCAUAUAUGGCGUACGCUGUUGCUGAAUUUGGACCACUGUCAGCUGUUUUUUU